UGAAAAUAAGAAAAUGCUACAGAGACGAUGGCAUCAUUUUGACAGUAUGAUUAAUACUAUUUUAUGUUUAAAAAAGCAAGGUUGGUGAGCAUUGUAAAGACACCAUUCUGAGAAACAACAGAAACUGAAAAAUCAAUUAGACAAACAUGAGUAUUAGUAACAUUCAUGUAGUUAUGUUUCCUUAUCUUGGGUUUGGUCACAUUAGUCCCUUUGUUCAAUUAUCCAACAGAUUAUUCUCUCAUGGAAUUCAAAUCUCAUUCUUGUCACCUUCCUAUAACAUUCCCAAAAUCAAAUCAACCUUCAAUCUCAACCCUGCCAUCCAAAUCAUUCCCCUUAACCUCCCAGAUAACAUACCCAACAACACUUCUGAAUUGAACCCUGAUAUGUUUGGUGCACUCUUUCAAGCAAUAAACUUAAUGCAAGAUCAGGUCAAAACCAUUUUGUUGAAGCUUAAACCCAAUUUUGUUUUCUUUGAUUUUAUACAAAACUGGCUACCGAAAAUAGCUUAUGAACUUGGCAUCAAAUCUGUUUACUUCUCUGUCUUUGCUGCAAAUUCUAUCUCUUAUUGCAGACUUUUUGUUGCUGAUAUUGAAAAAAGAGAGAUCACUUCUGAGGAGGAUCUUAAAAAUUCUCCAUUUGGUUAUCCUCAAAAAUCCAAAAUUUCCCUUCAAACCUUCCAAGCCAGAACUAUCUUCACGAUGAUGUUUCAAAGAUUUGGUGACAACCCUACUGUUUUUGAUAGAUUUGCACAGACACUUAGUGAAUGCUCGCUAAUAGUGUUGAAAAGUUGCAGAGAUAUAGAAGGUCCUUAUAUAGACUAUUUUCAAAACCGUAUUAAAAAACCAGUUCUUUGUUCUGGAGUACUUGUUCCAGAGCCAUCCAUGGAAGUGCUUGAUGAAAAAUGGACAAAAUGGUUAGAUAAUUUUCCGACAAAGUCAGUCGUAUUGUGUUCCUUUGGUAGUGAAACAUUUCUAAGCGAUGAUCAAAUCAAGGAACUAGCAAUUGGGUUGGAACUUACAAGUUUACCUUUCAUUUUGGUUUUGAAUUUUCCAUCAAAUCUCAAUGCUGAGGUUGAGUUGGGAAGAGCUUUGCCAAAAGGUUUCGUAGAGAGAGUGAAGAAUAGAGGAAUUGUGCAUAGUGGUUGGUUGCAGCAGCAGCUUGUUUUGAAUCACUCAAGUGUAGGGUGUUAUGUGUGUCAUGCUGGUUUUAGUUCUGUGAUAGAAGCUAUAGUUAGUGAUUGUCAGUUGGUGCUGUUACCUUUCAAGGGUGACCAGUUUUUGAAUUCUAAGCUUAUUGCUGAUGAUUUGAGAGCAGGGGUGGAGGUGAAAAGGAAUGAUGAAGAUGGGUUUUUUGAGAAAGAGGAUCUGUUGGAGGCUGUGAAAACUGUUAUGGUGGAAGUUGAUAGAGAGCCUGGGAGAGAGAUAAGAGAGAAUCAUAUGAAAUGGAGAGAGUUUCUGUUGGAUAGGGAAAUUCAGAACAAAUUCAUCAUAGAUCUGGUUGAGCAGUUGAAGUGUUUGGCUUAGUGAAUGUUUGGUUUGACUUUGGGUUAGGUAGAGUCACUUUCAUGUUUCAACAAAAUCACAAUGUCCUUAGCUCAAGUCACCGCAAAGCCAAGCUCAUUCAUUCCUGCAACUUGAUGAUCAAGUUAUGACAGCUUUAUGUACUUUCAGGCUAUGACUUGCUAUUCUAGCUAUCAAGGCUAUUAGUGUUACUUGCUAGAGUGAGUUAGAGAUAUAUGCUAUAUAUGUAGAAACUUGUAACUAACUCUCCAAACAAUAUGCAUUUUCUGUGUUUAAACCAGAGCUUCACCUUUCUGCUUUUC